CCUCCCUGCCCACCAGUCAGUCCACCACCGCCGCCGCCUCUCCUCCCCUCUCCCCUUCCCAUCUCCCCGGCGGCGGCGGCCAGAAACUAACCAUGGCGAGCCCCGCGCGCAUCGAAGUCGACAAGCUGAGCGUGGAGCAGCUCAAGGCGCUCAAGGAGCAGACCGAUCUGGAGGUCAAUCUCCUCCAGGACAGCCUCACCAAGAUCCGCACCGCCGCCACCCGCCUCGAGAACGCCACCGCCGCCCUCCACGAGCUCUCCCUCCGCCCUCACGGGAAGAAACUGCUUGUGCCGCUCACGGCGUCCCUCUACGUCCCCGGCACGCUUGACGAUGCCGAGAAGGUCCUAGUCGAUGUCGGCACGGGCUACUUCAUCGAGAAAACUAUGACUCAAGGAAAAGAAUACUGUGAAAGGAAAAUUAAUUUGCUGAAGUCCAAUUUCGAUGAACUGCUUGAGAUGGCGACAAAGAAGAAAAGCAUAGCAGACGAAAUGGGCAUGCUCCUACAAGCUAAGCUGCGGCAGGCAUCAGCAAGCCCAAGCUCGUGAGAGCCAAUUGCGCGCCAUGUCCCUCAUUUUGUUGGAUGGCUGCCGGGUGGUUGGUUUGCAGCAUUCAGGAACCAUAGAACAAGGUUUAGCUGUUUUGGUUGUGUGUGUGUGUGUGAGGUUCUAUGAGAUGGUUUACCUGACCAAACCCUGUUACCAUACUCCAUCCAGUGAUUUUGAAAGUCAGUAGUAUCGAACAUGCAGCUUAGCUGCACAGCUUGUACUUUAUGACUUUGCACGAUGCCGCUGAUGUGUGAGCAUCAAUCCUGAGUUUAUUGCAUUUUUACAUC